UUUUUUAGUUUGUGGUUGUUUUUAUAUAUCUAGUAUUAGUGUCCCUGCGAGCGUCCCUCCUGUAAAACCUCCACGGUUCCUCUUCGUCUUGCGCCUCUGCGCGCUGCGUUACGGUAGUGGUACUGAUGCGGGAUGAGUCAGGCUAUAUGAUGCUGCUGCUACUGCUGCCAUUUCAUCAGCAGCGAAAACCUACAAACACUCAGCAAACACAGAAAUGAUAUCGCGGGAUUCCCCUCUGACAGCGAGCAUCCUGCCGUCGUAGACAUCCGACGUUUCUCGGCGUGGAAAGAGAACAGAGGCUUUGUCUAUUCGUGGCUCCGCGAAAGCGCAGGAUCCGUCUUUUAUUGCACCUGCUCUGGAUGCGUUUUUUUCUUCCUUCCUUUGAGCUCUCGAUCGGGCCCUGACAUUAACAAGGAAACCAGCCCUGACUCCAGGGCCUGCUGUACACCAGCCUCUGUCGUCGAGGCAAACAUCGACUCCCCGAGGCUUUGGCACCGUGUCGGUUAUUUUCGCUGCGCCCCCAGUAUCGAUUUAGCCAGACUUCUCGGUGCUAUGGAGUCCACACCAGCCUGGUCCUGAGCAGCUAAGAACAACCAUUGUGGCCUAAAGUGGACUCCACUCCUGUAUCGACGCUCACACAGAAACAGACAGACAGACGGAGGCGCCUGGAGAUCGACAGACAGGCAAAGCCAAGUCAUGGAGGCGAUAUGGCUCUAUCAGUUCCGGCUGAUCGUCAUCGGGGACUCCACGGUGGGCAAGUCAUGUCUGAUCCGGCGGUUCACGGAGGGCCGCUUCGCCCAGGUGUCCGACCCCACCGUGGGCGUGGACUUCUUCUCCCGGCUGGUGGAGAUCGAGCCGGGGAAACGGAUCAAGCUGCAGAUCUGGGACACGGCGGGACAGGAGCGCUUCAGAUCCAUUACCAGGGCUUACUACCGUAACUCUGUGGGCGGGCUCCUCCUCUUCGACAUCACCAAUCGGCGCUCCUUCCAGAACGUUCACGAUUGGCUGGAGGAAGCUCGUAGCCACGUCCAGCCACACAGCAUCGUCUUCCUUUUGGUUGGCCACAAGUGUGACCUGGAGGCGCAGCGCCAGGUAACCCGCCAAGAAGCAGAGAAGCUGGCAGGGGCGUACGGGAUGCGCUACGUCGAGACGUCGGCCCGCGAUGCCAUCAACGUGGAGCAUGCCUUCACCGAGCUGACCAGAGACAUCUUCGCCUUGGUGCGGUCCGGCGACAUCACAAUUCAGGAGGGCUGGGAGGGCGUCAAGAGCGGGUUUGUGCCCAACGUGGUUCACUCGUCGGAGGAGGUGACCAAGAGCGACCGCCGCUGUCUCUGUUGAUCUGGGAAAGGUUCUGGAAGAUGGGACUGAAGGUUUUAAGGGGAGUGAAGGAUUCAGAGGGGUGUGAGUGGCUGACGGACUGAGGAGUCGGCCCUCUGACUGAAACUGUUUGUAACCCUCUGUUUUUUCUUCAGACUGGAUAUGGAAUGGGAUGUUUGAGGGAUGAAAACGCUGGUAGAAUGUGGAUAAGAACACCAUGACGGUGGGCAGAAAGGGUCGUGCCCAUGUCUGUCUUGGAAGGGAAGGAUUACAGAUUCUUAUUUGAGCUCCCAAGAUUGCUUGAGUUUACUUUUGGGCUUCUUUCCUGAAAACCCUUCCCUGAAAGUCUUACAAAGGCCUUAGGAAGAAGAUCCGUUUUGGUUCUUUGUCAAAGUAUGACUCGUUUCAUCUCUCCCUCCCAUCGUCUCUUACUUCACCUCUCCUCCCACUAACCUUCUCCUAUCAAUAUGCAAUUACAUGGUCACAUAGAAACCGAUCACCUUUACGUUAGUGUCUAACAUCCUCCUUUGAAUUUCCAUCCAAAAAUUAUAAGAUAAAAUUCAAUACACUUAAAUAAAAUCUUCCUCGUUAAGAGUUGCUCCAGUGCUGACACCUUGCUCCACAUUCCACCAUCAGAGCUCAGUGGAGGAGUCAUGGAGGUCCUUAAAACAACAAGGGAAGGACAAUUUCCUCCCUGGACCACUGAUUUAUUUCUCUUUGGAGCAAUUAGACCUACGGUGAGCUCAGUGACAUUGAGUACAUGGCCACAGCCACCAUCAUUCAGCUAAAUACCACUAACAAAGCACUGUCACCCAUCCAGUUCCUAAAGGAGUCCCUAAGAAAGGAGUAGACAACGUGUACAGCUUAACUGACUGAGGUGGUCUUGUCGGACUAUCUUAUGAACUCCUAAUUGUCUGCCUUUUGAUGGACACUUGCUAAGGAUUAAUAGGAAUGUUGAAGCCAGAAAGCACCUUAAUAGCCAAGUCCGUCUUAACUGUGGAGCCUCGUUUGGGACGUCAGAACAGUGAAAACAAGCAAACUGGUGAUAUGUUCCUUUGUGAAGGUAAAAAAAAAAAAAAAAAGACAAGGCGGACCGGGCCACACAGAGGGAAACACGAGGAAUGCACUCCACAAACAUUACUCACAAUGCACGCAUAUGGCAGACAAAAACUACACCCUGAGACAAUGGCGUGAAGACGGCCCAAUUGGUAACCCUACCAACAGAUACAGGCACGGAGACACUACAAGGUCAAAAUCUGUUCAGAGCAAGCGGUGUCUGUUUUAUUUUAUUAUUUUUUUUAAGUGUGCACAAGCGUGGAACCACAACACUUUUCUGUGUUUUCGGUUUAACACUCUCAAGUGUUACAGGUGGAUAUAACCGCCAUGGUUACUUGGAAAUUACACUAGAUUAGAGUCACUGUAUAAGAUGGUCAUAAGAGUAGACACGCCAGUUACAACAAACAAAAUCAUCCGCUUUUGCUGACCUCCAUGUAUGCUGUGUUUCACCAAAUAUAUGAAUUGUUUUCAUCUGAAUCCAGAGAAGGUACAGAAAGAGAUUUUUAGCAUUGUUAGCUAUACCUUAAUACUUGAGCACGCAGACGGUUUGAUCAGAACCUAAAGAUUUCAGAAUCUUUAGCAGCAGAGUUCCCAUUUAAGGGUCUACUCCUCUCAAUAUGAAGAAACUCUCAUCUGAUUGGGAUGUUGCAGUAGGAAAAAACUGUGGUCUGCUCAAGAUUUUAUUUUCAACUUCUACUAUUAAUCUUUCAUGCAUUCCUUAACGACUUUUCCAUGUUGAUUCCUGCUAAGAUCACAGCACAGAUUAGCCUGUGAGGAUACUGUACAAUAUGUGCUUCAGUCUCUCACACGGUAUGCCUUCUUUUGUAUGUGUUUCCAAAGAGUUUUUGUGUGUGUCCUUUCCUUUUUUACAUGAAUGUAUCAGUUGGGGAGAUUUUACACUGAACUAUCAUAUAAGAAGGGUGUGAAUGAGUUUCGAUGAGGGUGAUAUAAAUGACUGAAAUUAUUCCAAUUCUAGUAAUAAUAAUAAUCCAUUUCCACAGCUAUACGCACUAUGGUGUCCCUUCCUGACGUGAGGGUAAUGCUGUUGCCAGACAGAAAAGAUCAAUCAACAAAAGUUCAUCCAUGAAUAAAAAGAAACUAAGCUCGACAUCUCCCUCACACAUUUCUGAAAUUUGAUUGCAAGGGUUGCGUUUAAUCCCACAACCAGCGUCUACUGAUACACUCGAACGUUCCCAAGUAGUUUCCAGCUCAGGAGGUCUGUGUGUGGUUGCAGGCUCCUGCGUGGUGUGCUUUUCUUUAUCAACUGCCGAUAGUUUCAUCAGAUCCCAGACAUGUGUAGUUUCACAAGCUAGAUACCCACCCUGCAUAAAGCAAAACACACUUUGGAAAACUUGCUUAUUCGCUCUAAUAAUACCCUUGCGUCUGUAAACAUGAAACUACUGCCAGCAGCCUGUUAGCUUAGCACAAUCUUAGGAAACUGUCUAAAAGUGAGUAUAAAUAUCAUCUAAACCUCACUAAUAAACUCUUAAUAUCUCGGCUAGACGUUUCUGCCCAUUUCCUGGUUUCAUGCUAAGCUAAGCUAAUUAGCUGCAGCUUCAUUUUUAAUUCACAGAAAUGAAAGAGGUAUCAAUGUUCUCGUCAGUUCAAGCUAGUAAGCAUAUUUAUCAAAACACCAACUUGUAAAUUUAAGUAGAUAAAAUAAAAAUCUAUGAAAUACCAUGUCGGCAGUGGAGUAAUUUUAGUUGUUUUCUGUCAGUAAUUUAUUUGCAUUAGUUAAAUGUGUCCUGAUAAAGCACUGAGGAGCUAAUAGGGGGUUUUAGUUGGUUACAAUAGAAACGUAACAAUGACAAGAAGCUUGAUUAGGAAAUAUUAUCUAAAAUGAACUUCAUUCUUGGAUGGUUGAGACAAUCCAAUAACAACAUGUCUCCAAAAAGGAUACUUCCAACAGGUUGAGAAUGUUCUGAUUCUUACAAAAUAAAAAUAAAUAAAUAACUUUUAAAAACUCACUGGAUUGCUUACAAGGCAUUUGUCAGAAAGCUUAAAACAGAGCAGCAAAGAGCUGAUAUUUUAAGGUACAAGGUAGUCAGAGAGUAACAAAAAUAUCUUCUGACUAAGAAAUAUAAUGUUUAUGUCAAGUUAAAAUAUACUUAUAUUUACCAAAUUUUAUUUUAUUCAAUUCUCUGCCUCUUGAAGCUUGGUGGUUGAAAAACUUCUUAAAUUGACAGAUUGAUAUUUCUGUCCAGGAAACUGACCAUGAGGAAGCACCUGACCUGAGUGAUUCCAGUAAAACACGCUUCAGUUUGUUUCAGUGUGAAAUAAGCUGUCAGCAGCUAAACAGUGAGAGACUUCUUCUUUCCCAGAAGGCCAGUCAGUUGCUUACGAUCUGGAAGUGGCUGCUAAUGCUUUGGUCUUUUCUGAGCUGCGGCCUGUGAGUCAAGGAAAUUAGAUCCCUCCUCCAACUCCCAGGCUUUUAGCGAGUCACGUGACAUGACUGAACUUAAAAGACGCACUUUUUGGCUGAUUUUCCAAACCCCUCAAUGGAACCGCUUUAGUCUAUCACAAAUCUGAGGCACCUCAUGCAUAAAAAGUUAUGAACAUUCGAAGGUGCUGACAAAGUCACGCCAGGACCCGGGAAGUGAUGAGCGAAGGGUACUUUGAAGAAAGUCAUUCAUAUGAUGGAAAGCAGGUUCAUGUUUGACAGCAAAGUAAUCUGCUCCUUGGCUCGUUUCCAGGGGAACGUACAGGGUGAUUUACUGGCACUCUGCAGCGUUCUCUGCCAGGGUCCUUAGCAGCGUUUGGUUUUGCCAAGGCUGCUUUCACAGAAAACACUAAGUAAACCGGUUGCUAUCAACACAGCUGCGGUGUUGUAUAAUAUGAAUAAAAGGUUCUGCCUUGAAUCUAUAGUCCCUGCUUGGCAACCUGUUUCAAAGAAUAGACUGAUAUUUCAGGAAGGACAUUUCCCGUCAGAGAACGUUGCAGGGAAACAUCCACUCUGGAAAAGACUACUAAACUACUUCCUGGCCAAAAGUAACAACUUCUUUGGGUUGUGUGAAAGAACUUUCAGAGGUUGAGUUGAAUUAUUUUGUCACCUUUCGGGAGAACUCUUCUGCUCAUUAUGCUAUGCUAAGCUAAACUACUUAGAUUCUGGCUGUAGCUUCAUGUGUAGCUUCAAGGUUAGCCCUAGUUCGUAUUUUCCAUGCUUUUCUUCUAAAUAGACUCUCACUGCAUGACGCCAUAGCCUGAAGAACAUUCGUCUAACUCUAGGGAUGAAAUAUUCUAUCUGCUGCAUACAUUAUAAGUGUUUUAACCAACAUGCACUACUUUUCCUAUAUAGGUAGGCACCAGUUAGCAUUAUUUUGGGAUAGGGGAUGCAGUUGUUUAAAUGGCGAAAAUAUUUGAGUAUGUUUCUUUAAAUUGCUAGGUAACUGUCUCAUUAUUAGCUCUGUCACUCAGAUGUAGGGCUAAUGCCAAUACACUGCACAAAUAUUUACAAUAAAUAUGAAUCUACAUCUGCCUGCAGUUAGCUUAGACAGUGAGAACAGGUAGCUUGACCUCGUCCAAAGGUAGGCCUGUCAUUUCUCGCCUUUGUGUUAAACUACGCUAACCUGCUGCCUGUGGGUAUACCAAUCAUCUAGAAAAAAAUAUAUACAAACUUACCAAAAAGUACAAAUGUUCUCCUAAAACCACCAAUUUGCAACUUAAAGGACAUCUGAAAUAGAUGUUACUUAGCUUAACGCUAAGUGUUGGUGACAUCUGAGGAAAUUUCCUUAACAAAAUAAUUGUAUUUCAGUGAAUUAACAAUAUUAAAACUAGUAAUUUAACCGACACGCUGUUCACGAGACAUUAGCCUGAAUAUCUCAAACAAACUGAACACGCGACAAAUUCUCCAGUGAUUUCAGUCACUUGAUUCUUUGUCAUGUUUGACCUUCAGUUGCGCUCUUCUCUGACAGUUCACCAAUGUGUCACUUGUCCUCAAAAGCAUGUAUCUGUUGGUUUCUGUUCCUCAGUGUAAACCCUUCUUCUGCCAUGGCACCACAAAAAGGAUGUUCCUCUUGUUCUUUUUAUCCCUCUGUGGAGUACAGGGAAAUUCUGUAUAUCAGUCCCUAAUCCUUUUGGGUUGAAGUGGAAAGUUUCUCUUCCUCUGCUCUACUUAUCUAUCAACAAACUGAAAUGUACUGAAAAAAAUAAAAUGUGACUGGAAAAAAUAA